AUGGAGCCAUAUGAUGAUGAAAAUGAUUCACUUAGUGACAUGGACGAAGAGGAUGAUGUUGAAGACAUUAAUGACUAUCACUAUGGUGGAUAUCACAAAGUUGAAAUUGGUGAAGUUUUCAAUAAAAAAUAUAUUGUAAAAACGAAACUAGGAUGGGGUCAUUUUUCCACUGUUUGGCUAGUUGAAUUUCAAAAUAAUGGCAAGGUUGAACAAGGAGCAUUAAAGGUUGUUAGAAGUGCACAAAAAUAUACAGAAACCGCACGAGAUGAAAUAGAAAUACUAAAAACUAUUUCAAAUAAUGAUCCAUUAAAAAAGUGUUAUUGUUUACAUCUUAUUGAUUCAUUCCAACACCGAGGAUUAAAUGGAAUUCAUAUGUGUAUUGUUACUGAAGUUGGAGGAAGUAAUUUAUUAUCUCUAAUUAAAUUAUACCAUUAUCAUGGAAUUCCACUAGAAAUUACAAAAGAAAUAUCACGACAAGUAUUAGUUGCAUUAAACUAUUUACAUAAUAAAUGUUCUCUUAUUCAUACUGAUCUUAAACCAGAAAAUGUAUUAUUAAAUUUUGUUAUUGAUCAUAAUCAUAUUAAAAGAAGAAACCAAGUCCCUCCUGCUAAUAAUAUUAAAGUUAUGUUGGCUGAUUUUGGUAAUGCCAAUUGGAUCGAAAAAAGAUUCACAAAUGAUAUUCAAACUAGACAAUAUCGUUGCCCAGAAGUUAUGUUAGGGCUUCACUGGGGAUGUCCUGCAGAUGUUUGGUCUCAUGCUUGUAUGAUCUUUGAACUAUUAACAGGUGAUUUCUUAUUUGCUCCAAAACAAACAACUCAUUAUUCCAAAGUUGAAGAUCAUUUUGCUCAAUUUAUUGAACUUCUAGGACCAAUUCCAAGAAAUAUGAUUGACAAUUCUCCUUAUAAAAGAAAAUAUUUUACAAAUGAUUAUGGACUUAAGAAAAUACCAAAUAACCAGUUAUCUUAUUGGCCACUCGAUAUGGUUUUAAGAGAUAAAUACAAAUUCUCAGAACAUGACUCAAAACAAAUAAGUUCUCUUCUUCUUCCAAUGCUUGAUUAUAAUGAAUUAACUCGUGCAAGUGCAGCUCAAUGUCUCACUCAUUCAUGGUUCAAUUGA